AUGGUGAUGGUGUCUAAUUCUAGUCAUCACAACAAGGAAAUAAAUGUCCGAAGGAGAAUCUCUAAAAUAUAUAAUAAAAGGGAAGAGAAUUUUCUGUCACUUAAGGAGUACAAUGACUACUUGGAAGAAGUGGAAUGCAUGAUAUUCGAUUUGGUAGAUGGAAUCAAUGUUGAGGCUAUUGAAGAGAAGAUAAAAAGAUACUCUCUAGAGAAUGCUGAACAAAUCAUGGUUAAUAGAGCCCGCAAGGCUGAAGAUUUAACUGCAGCCUUAGCAGCUUGCAAGGCCCAACCUCCACAAACUGAUGCUGAUACGUCUUCAAACCAUGGUACUACUACGGCUGCAACUGCAUACAGUCAGGCUCCACGACCAACGGGAAUGGGACCACAACCUGUACCUAUAGGAGGAGGAGGAGCAGUUCAUCAACGUUACUACUCUAUGGAAGACGAAGCAAUGUUGAGGAUCAAAGCUGAGAGAGCUCUAAGGGGUGGAGGAUUUUCUUUACAGAUAAGCAAGAAGAGAGCUUUUGAAGAAGCAUUUUCAUGCAUUUGGGUUUGA